UAUAGGUAACUGUGCAGCAGCAAUAUUUGGUAACAUAAUGACAACUUUGGUACUAUUUUAAGUCAAAAGAAAUUGAAUUGACUUCAAGGGUUAGAUUAAACGUUUAAUAUAUGAAAUAUAUUUACCUCGUGAGACAUUUGAGAUUCGUUUGAGUAGCUGGAGUUUUAUUUACAAGAAAACUGACAACAUCUUAGUUUAUGAUGGCUUCCAGUAUGGAAAAUUUUAUGGAUAUGUCAUUAGAUGAGUACAUUGCAACAAAGAAAAAUAGUUUGCGUAAUAUUGAUAAAGAGAGUCAAGGAGCAGUUAUCAGUCCUUCGAACAGUUUGGGUUGUGCUUUUAAAGCUGGACAUCGAAACUCUAAAAUAUCCAAUGCUGCUAACGAUUAUGAUGAGGUUAUGGGCGAGAAGUCGCUUUCAAUAACUAAUGAGGACUCUCCUGUGAAUUCUAGUGUUUUAUUGGAUAAGUCCAUUGGUAUUUGGAGGGGUCCCAGUUCCGAAACCAAUUAUCUUGAUUUAGAUUAUAUAAGAGAUGAAUUCGAUCAGAUGUUUAAUGAUCCAGAAUUACAAAUAUCGAAUGAAGGAAAGUCUUUGAACGUUCAUAAAGUAAAGCUUCCCAAUGAUUUACGUGAACGACUUCAAAAUAGCAAUGCAAAUAAUAGUAGCACUAUUAAAGAGCGUGAAAAAUGUCAUACUGGCAAUGCAAAAAACGCUAUACCAACUUGCCAGUCAAAAUCAAACAUGGAUACGAAGCAAAAUGCUAUGUCGUUCUCAAGUGGCAAUGCACAUUACCGUAGACGAUGGUACAAUAAUCGGAAUGCCCGUAGGCGUAAUGAUGGGUGUGGCAAUCGAGGAAGCAACUAUAUGAAUAAUGAAAGUCAGAAUACGAAUUGGAAUAAACAUCGUAAUGGAGGAAAUGGUAGCGGAGUAUGCAAUGGGAAUAUCUUACAUUUUAACAAUGGAAGGAUUCAUCGUUUUAAUCAACGCAACAAUCAGGAUAAUUUAAACAAAAGAAUCAAAACUGUACUGGAGCAAAUCAACAGUAACAAUUCAGUUUAUCUUAAUAAACAGGCAGGGACUGUUCGAGAUCUGACAAUUGAAUGCCCGAGUAUUUCCACAUCUGGACGCCUUACAACAAACGUAUUACAAACCACUACACAAGUUUUGAAACCGCCUACAAACCAAGUACAAAGUGAUUUAAAAGCUUUGCUAGGCGUCAAUGAUAAUAAUUUGAAAGCUGAUACCAUGGCUAUGUGGGCUGGGAAAUUGUUGGAGUUAUUUCAAUCCGGCCAACAACAGACAGCUCACAAACCUAUAUACGAUAUGCAAAUUCAAAAAGAAAUUCACGAAUUGCAGGGCAAAUCGUUGUUAUACAAAUGUCCCAGUGGCGAAAUUGUAAGUUCCGAUGGUUCAGGAAUUGAUAAUUGUAAAGUUACUCCCAAUUCAAGUGGAGUAACACUUAACUACAGAUUUGGCUAAACAUCGAUAUAGAGUUACAUAAAACAUAGCCUUAAAUGAAAAAAAUUAUCAAAUUUACUUUUUUAUAUUGAAAUGAGGUUUUUAUAAGUUCUGUAUGAUCCCUUUUUGUUAUGCAUUUUUCUUUUUUUUAAUGGAUUAUAAAAUUAAAGUUGAAUUUCUGUAUA